AUGAACAGAUCAAACUAUCCCCGACGAUCAGGGCCGCUUGUACCCCAUAACGAUGUGAGGUUCAACGUUAACAUUAACUUUACGCCCAACGACUGGCAGGUUAGUCCAGGGGAAAGCCACUCAUUUCUGGAGGAUGUUCGUACAGCCGUACUCAAGUAUAGAACAACAUCACCCACCCGCUUCAGCGUCCCAAUUGAAGUGGCACAGUCUCAGUCACAGAAUUUGGGACGAUCGGAUAAGUUUCAUGGCAGCUUUGCUUUGUGGGUUGGCUUCUACAACUUCGGUAGCAGACCCAUCUUCGCUACGUGUCGCUUCAAGAGCGAGAAACGAGAAGGCGGCCGUCGUUUAACCGACAAAGUUGAGGUAUAUGGGAAGAGAAUAGGCCGAUACGUCCCUCUGGAGGAAUUCCUGGAGAAGAUGUUUCCUACUUUUAGCGAAAUCCCAGUCGGCGACGACGUCAUGUUCCAGUGGUGGAAAUCGAACGGCUCAGCUUUCAACUGGCCUGGUCUACCCACCGAGUUGAAGGAACGUAUCAUAUCCUUCUGCAUGCACCGAUCACAGCCUCGUGCUCCGCGCAGACGACCUAUCAAAGGCGCCCCAGAAGUCACCGCUCAGUUUGGAAAGUGGUCGGCCUUGCUCGGUGUGUCCCACCAAGUCCGCGCGAUAUCCCUGCGCAUGUGCUUCGUCGGCAGCAGUGACUUGCUAUAUGACAAGGGACUCUGCAUAGAUGUCAAAGGUCACCACGCCUUCAAAGACUGUAUGCGGCGCUUGGGGAAGUGCUUCCAGAUGUUGGAGCCGGGGUCUCUUCCGUCGACCGACGAGAUGCGGCGGCUUGCUGAUACGUACAAAACGUAUCCUCGGAUCUACCCAGAGUUAUCUCGAUACGCGACGUUUCGCCAUGCGAUCCGCAAGAUCAACUUUCAGCUGUCGUUCCUCGACUCGAUGCACUUCUUCAAGGUCACAGCAGGUUCGUUUGCACAGUGGUUCCGGAACUUCAAGCUCGACUACGGAAUCUUCUGCCAAAUGCCUUGUUUGAAUGAGAUUCGCAUCCAGUUGCCUGACGCGAGGGGUUCUCUGUCUGAUGGACCGUGUCAGUGGGGUCCUCAGCUAUUCUACGGCGAGCCAUUCAAUUGUCCUAGGAUACUGCAUCGGCUUAUAUAUGAAAGGGUUGCAGAGGUAUUGGCUUCGUAUGAGAACGUCAAUAUGUAUGGGUUUAUGGAUGAAGUGGAGAAGGAGAGCUUCUACAAGCUGAGGAGUGAGGAGAGGAAGAAGGUGAGGUUCACAGCGGAAGAGAUUAGGGAGCUAUACAGGCAAGAUGGAGGUGGGGUCGAGCUUGAGAAAAGUAUCAUUCCGGGUAUACAAGAGGAUGUGGUAGAAGAAUCGGAGGGGCUCGUGAUACAGGAUGCCUUUUGGCCACCGAAAUGCCGGUGCAAAGUCCGGUGCUGGAAGGUGUUGUACCCAGACACGACCUAA